AUGGACGACAGCGCCGGCGAAGCCACCGGCCAAAGCCAGGUCCACGCGUGCAGUUCGUACCCGCUUUCGUUCCCUUCCCAGCCGCCGGACAUCAAGAAUUGGUUCUCGAGCUAUGUGUAUGACUCACCGGAGGUCCCGGAGCUGGUUGCUGAUAACGACGGCGGCAACGGCAGCGAGACCCAAGACCCAUUCGAGGUCGUGAACGCGUUACAUUUCUUGCUGCAAAUUUCAUGCAUCCUCCUACCUAUUAGGCUAUUAGCCCAUCUAACUGUGUACUCUGGUUCCGUUACCCAGCAUUCGUCAUUAAAACAUUCUCUCCAGGAUGGUGGAGUUGCUUUGAGAGAAAAUUGUUUAAGAGGCCAAUCUGAGCCUGAGAUUUUUUCUGGAAAAUAUUUGGUUCCAGUUGAUGGGAAUGCGAUGAAGCCCGCCCCCAAAAGGAAGCAAAGCCUGCGGGCAUUGUUUGGAGCGAGUUUUCUUGAUGAGGCUGAGGAAGCUAAUGAAACUGACAGUCACGGUUUGUUCCCUGUGCAGCUAAAUGCACUGAAGCAUGUGUCAGAUUGUACAAGCCUUCCUCUUAAUGAAAUAUGUGAGGCACAUUCAGAAAAAAAGGAUUGCGCAACAAGCUUGCCUGAUAGUACUAGACAUAGCCAGGAAGGCACAAUUGAGCACAGUAAGGUGCUGGUCGAUUGUGAUCGUAUUAGUUCAGCUGAUACUCAAGAAAGCACCCCUGCAGAUCAGGAGGUUGAGAGUAAAAAGUCUGCUAACUGUGAUCAUGCAUGCUUGGCUGAUAUUGGAGAAGGCUUUGAAGAAGAUGUCAUCAAUCAUAUUGAACUUCCUGUCAGUUUCAACAGUACCAUUCUAGCUGGGACUGAGAAAAAGAUCCCAGAUGGUGUUGACAGCAGCACAAGUCUUGUUAGUCGCAACAGUCUUAGUUUAGCUGACACUGAAGGUAAUUCUCCAUUAGGGGAAACUGGCAAUGAAGAGAAUUCUCCCCUAGGGGGAACUGACUGCUGCAAGCUUUCAUUAGACAGUAAAAGGCAACAAGAAAUGGUUGCAUCAGAUGGUUUUAUAGCUAUAAAGAGGAAGAAGCAACCAGAGGAACACAAAACAAACAAAAUUCUGAGGCACCCAACAACUGGGAAAGAGAAGGAAAAUGGGAACUUAAAAGAUAAUAAUGUCAUCAUUCCAAACCAGAAAGUUUUGGUCCAAGAGCAAACCAGACGUCCCUUGGCAGAUAGGACUAAUUUUUCAGAAGUAAACGCAUCUCCGGUACCAGAGCCGAGCAGGAAAUGGAAGUGUCCUCGCAAAGGCAAGCCCUAUGUUGGUCGUCCAAUGAAGCAGCUCCGGUUGGAGCAAUGGGUGCGCCGUGUGAAUUGA